UUGGGAAUUCUGUAAGGGCUAUCGAUUUGGAAAUCCUCGAACUGUCCUACUACCACCUCCCCCUCGGCCUGUCUUCAUUACCUCAAGAGCGUCCUGUUCAUCCCGUUCACGAUGUCGGCAGUCCCGAAAAAUUCCAAGCCGUUGGCGCAAAUCCGUCGUUGGAGUCCGAUCAUCCAGCCACCCACUACCACGCAAUUAAACAAUUCGGACAAGGUGUUCUUCAAACCUACAGAGCUGAGAUGGUCGGCUUCUCAGUUGGAGCAAAUACCGCCGGUCAAGAAGACACAGUUACCAGAGGUGCUGUUCCUCGGACGAAGUAAUGUUGGUAAAUCAUCACUCAUCAACGCACUCUUGAACCGAAUGAGAAAUCCUAUCUCGAGAACGUCGAACAAGCCAGGCCAUACGAAAAUCCUAAACGCUUUCGCCGUGGGUGGUAUUUCAAGACUAAAUAGACCUGCGGAAUUGCUUUUGGUUGAUGCUCCUGGAUAUGGAUUCAAGUCGAGAGGAGAAUGGGGGGAAAUGGUCUUAAAGUACAUGACUGAGCGACCGCAAUUCAGGAGAGCAUUCCUCCUGGUCAAUGGCCAACAUGGGCCAAAGGAAAUCGAUUACAUGUUCGCCAAAGUGCUCGGAGACAAUGGAAUUCCCUUCCAAGUCGUGCUAACAAAAUGCGACAAAAAAUGCGGUCCAGAGGCAUUACAAAAAAGACUCGACGAAGCUCAAAAACUAGUCGAAGAAUCCGGCGCCAGUGGGUACGAGGAAAUCAUCGCUACGAGCACCCUAGAAAAAGGAAUGCCAGGCGUCAGCAACCUACGAUGGUCCAUCCUGAACGCAUGCGGGUUGAAACAGGAAAAAGUCAGCUUGAAGAAGGUGUUGGCAAGUUUCGAGGGUGCGAAGGAGAAGUUCCAGGAGAAGACUGAUGCGAUGGAGUUUGUGACGAAAGAGGAGGACUUGGAGGCGUGGGAGGAGAAGAAAUUUGCGGAGCGGGAGGCAUUGGAGAAGGUGAUCGAGGCUGGGAAGGCUGCGAAGAAGGAACGUGAGGCGGCUGCGGCCGCUGGCUUGCAGGAGACGGUGGGUGAGGAUAGGAUAGUUGCAAAGGCGAUGGCUGCGAAGAGGAAGCGGGACGAAGCUUCGGCUGCUGUUAUGGAGGAAGCGGUGAGCAAGGAGGAGGUGUCUCCGGAGCGGGAGGUUCGAGAAGCAGUGCUUGAUGAGUCGAGUGGUGAAAACUCAUCUCCUGAGCCGACAGUACGGACCGGUGGCAGAAGACGACCUGGUAUGAAAAGGAGGAGUUAGAGAACCUGCACGAUACGGUAUACCGUAAGCACGGACAAGACAGUUACUGGUGAUCGCGCGUAUAUUGACG